AAGUUAGUUCUGUCUUAAUUCAAGUGUACCAAGAUAUUUGCACUAGAAACCAGAAAAACUUGGCAAGAUCUUGUGUUUUUGCAGAGCGCUGGCCUUCUGCAGACAGCCACACUGGUUUGUCGCUCCGUCCAAACGUCCCUGCAGGCUGGAUGUUACGUAAACCUUCCCCCUCUGCCAUUGCUCUUCAGUCCCCUGGCCUUGUCACAGGUCACACCUGUCACCUUCAGACACCUGUGUGUGUAACAAGGCUGACACUGCUGCCGCUGAAACGCACGCCAGCUCUGGGCCCCGACACCGUGACCCGAAGAGACCCGAUCUCUCUCUAAUUCCCAAACGCACCGUCCUUCCCUGCUCCUUCGCCCCGUGCGUACGAGCCGCUCUGAUCCCCCUCGUGACCUCGCUGACCCUUGAGGCAGUGAGAGGAGAACAACGCGCGACCUGUGAUUAAUAACUCCCCGACAACAACUGGGUCUCUCUCACACACACACACACACACACACGCUGCUCUCAAAAUCGGAAACGCGUCCUCAAGGCCGACGCUGCUGAGUUUCAGUGAACGGAGGAGCGCUGGGAGACAUCAGCGCGGUUAAAUGACUGCACCACAUCUUUAUGUGCAUCUUUACAACCUGAGCGCUCGCCAUUUUAUUUCACAUUGAUCUCUGUUCGGAGCCCGUCAAUAUGUUCGCAGUGGGCGGAGGUGGUGGUGGUGGUGGUGGUGGGGAAGGACGGAGCGUCUUGCACUUUUCUGUGGACACUUCCAGUUGCACUGCAGAUGUACUCACCUCCCACUUUUUUUGUUGCACAACAAAAGCCAACUUUUUAUGGGAUUUUACGUGAGAGGCAAAGAUGGCGGAAAACUAUGAAGUGGAUGUGGUUGUCAAAAGUAAAAAUAAAUAAAUAAAUAACCUGAAAAGUGCGGUGUGCUUUUGCAAUCAGCUCCUCUCAUCAUCAACUUUAUUAAGGACACAAAUAGUUCCAUAUGAAAAAAAUAAAAUAAUAAAAUACAAACAACUAAUAGGGAGUUCUCAGUGGACACCAUGUACGUUUCGCUUAAACUACAGAUUCAUUUGGGUUUCCCCAUGCAGGCUUUCUGCUUCCUGUUUAGUCCACUUUGAUCUAACUGCAGUUUGCUUUGAAAGCCCGGUUCAUUUUGGGGAGGUGGGAAUACAGAAUCAAACUCUCGUCCACCUGAAAACUUCGGCCUCGAUUCAGUUGAAGAGAACGUUGUUGUGGUUUGAAUGCAAAUGUGGAUGCCAAGCAGACCGGAGAGGGAAGGAAACUAUAGCGCAAGGCUUUCUGGGUAAAUACAACCAAAACAAUCAUGUGAAUCUAGCGCUACUGGGGGGAAAUGGCUUGUGGUUCUAUUUUAUGAAGAAGGCAGAUGCGCUUGGUGUCUUCUUCUGAAUUUUUUGUCGCUCCCUUCAGUAGUUCUUGAUGCAGCGCCACCACAGGUAAGGAGGGGAACAUGUUUUUCAAAGGGUUUUGGUUUGUUUGACUCAGUGCAGUGUGAACUCGAGUUGCACCAGCUGAAAAUGCAACAAAUGUCGCAACUCUGAUCCCCUGCCGAACCGAGUCUACCGGACUAUCAGGUGUGGAAACACGCCUCCGUCUCAAGUCUGUCGCAACCUUCAGCAGUUUUUCUUCCAGGAUUGCCCUACAUUUAAUUUCAUUAAAUAUAUUCUGCCCUUGUAGCCUGAUCAGCUUCCCUCGCUCUGCUAAUGAAAAGCGUCCCCACAGAAUGAUGCUCCCAGGUUUCACUGUGGUAGCGCCACGUUCCUCAUAUGUAGCUAACUGCACGUGACUGCAAAAUUUGUUGGAGUGCACAACUGAUACUCAGCCGUCAUUGUCUUCCUAACCUGAGUUAUUUAUUGGUCUUCAUUUAGUUCACCAACAAACCUUUGAGGAUUUCACAGACCAGUUGAAUUUAUAUUGAAAUUGUUACUAAACUGAUUUAACUUCUCUAGGCAAUUAAUUGAAAGAGCUUGAUUCAAGGGAAUCAGAAAAGAAGAGGGUUGAAUACCAGAACUUUAGUUGUUGAAUAUUUUGAAAGAGGUGUAUUCUUACACUUCAUAAGCAAGCACUACCUAGUGUUAAACUGUAACAUAAAAUCCUAAUAAAAUACACAAGUUUGUUGUGAUUAGCACGACAAACGUUCCAGUAUUUUUGCAAGCCAUCUCUCCAACUGCAUGUCUGCAUAUUGCUUUCAAGCAUUUACUUAGUUAUUCUUACAGUAACAGGGCCGUAGGAUGCAGGGCUGUAAAAAGCUGUGCUUACAAAGGCCAUUGUAUGCAACACAGACACGAGAACCCAAAGAGGAAACCUAUACGGUUUGUGUUUCUUAGCCUGAGAGGAGAUGAAUUCAAUCCACGCCACAGGAAACGAGAAAGGAGAUUGUCAUUUUUUUCUCCACCCCCUUCUAUGCUAAUGCCUGUAAUGUGUUGCAGUCAAUUCGCCUGCAGUGAAGCGGUACGAAGGACUGCGACACCUGUGGAUUUUACCUGGAAGUGGAUAUCAAGUAGGAGAGCCGGGGUUUACUCUCCUAACCCUGCAGGAGCCCAUCAUUCAUGCCUGACUUUGAGCUUGUGGUGCUAACUGGCUGCUAAUUUCCCACCAAUACACUGGGCUUUCUCCUCAUGCAGAAACUGGCUUCUUCAAGGGGAAACCAUCUUAAUGGGAUUAUCUGUCAGAGGCAUGGGCCUGUCUAGACCAUCCAAUACACAACAGCCAGCAUCGUACCCCCAGUACUUCCCCACGGUCCUAGCUGAGGAUGCCCUCAGGUACGACUUACCUGCAGGAACAGUGCAUGGUAUCACCACACCAUUAUGGGUUCACACAGAGUUUCCCCACCCACUCUGUAAUUUGGUAGAGAAAGGAGAGAGAAAAGAAGCGUAAAAGGGGAUUGUUAUGUAAUGUGACGUUUUAGCCACUUUCACAUCAGCACGUUCCCCAUCUCACUACGUGCAUUACGUUUGUGCUCCAGAAAGAAAAGAUCUUUGUCUUUUUGAGGAAACACCAACACAUUCCACUUGACAACCCUCUCCACUCCAUUUCUCCUAAUUGCGUCAAAUGACUCGCUCUGAGUCUUUACCAUGUUACACAAACACACUAAGUGGCAUCUCUGCGAUCAGUUAUGUACGUGUCAAUGAUAUUUACGCCGGUUUCUGGAGCUGCCGCCAGAGCCCGAUCUGCAGCAGGAAAGUCCGUCCAUAUUUGUUUUAAAGUCUCUUAGCAGUUAAUAAAGGUGCAUUUCCUCCUUCCCCCUUCCUGUGGGGACGGUGUCAGGGCUCUGUUAAGUCUCUUUGAUUUCCAGCACCCCUCCAAUCACAGCGGGACCCUGACUCAUCAUUGUGUCACUUCAAAGCCUGGGAAUGGCUCUCCUGGCUCCACCUACCAAAGGGUCCCCCUUAAAAGUCAUGGUCACUCUCUCUGGCAGCAUCCAUCUGAUGCGACAGGACGGAACUGUUUGGACUGACCUUAAGCUGCUGGAUUUGUCUUCAACACAUGGGACGGGGGCGGGGGUGGACGACGGGGGGCUACAUUUUUGGAUUUAUCCAACAUUUGGAUUGCUCGUCAUCCUUUCAUGCAUAGAAAUCCCAAACUUCCCCUGUCUGGCCACUGAAACCGGAAAAUGCAGUCCAUCCGGGGUGAGUUCCCGACGCCUUUUUGAUCGGUUAGGAUAUUUACAAUUCAAUAAAAAUUCAAAUUUUUAUUGAAUUGUAAAGCAGAAUUGAACCUGUUCUCCUCGGUUCAUCCCUGAUCAAAGACUCAAUCCCUUUUGGUGUCAAAUGUCUAUAGUAAAUCUUACUUUGCUGCAGAGCUGAAGUCCAACUUCAGCGGUCCACCUCCUGCCUCCAUGGCCGCCGGCCCUGAUGCCUAUCUUCAGGGCAGCAUCAGGAUGACUCUGGAAGACCUUGAACUAUGGAAGACAUUCCAUGAAAUUGGAACGGAAAUGAUAAUCACCAAACCGGGCAGGUCAGACGGGGCUUUUCACACAAAAAUAUUCAGAAAAAUGUUACUUUUCCUCAUUUGUGUAUCCUCUUGUGUUUUCAGGAGGAUGUUCCCACACUGUAAAGUGAAUUUAUCUGGUCUUAUUCAGUGUGCCAAGUACAUCUUACUGGUUGACAUGGUUCCAGAGGAUGGCUUCAGGUAUAAGUGGAAUAAAGAGAAAUGGGAGGUGGCAGGAAAAGCGGAGCCUCAGCCUCCCUGCAGGACCUACCUCCACCCAGACUCUCCGGCCCUAGGGAGCCACUGGAUGAAGCAAAGCGUCUCCUUCCUCAAGCUCAAGCUCACCAACAACACACUCGACCAGCAUGGGCAUAUCAUCUUGCACUCAAUGCAUCGUUACCACCCUCGUUUCCACGUUGUCCAAGCCGACGACCUGUUCAGCGUCCGCUGGAGUGUGUUCCAGACUUUCACCUUCCCAGAGACGUCCUUCACCGCAGUCACUGCCUACCAGAACACCAAGAUCACAAAGCUGAAGAUCAAUCACAACCCAUUUGCAAAGGGUUUCAGAGAUGAGGGCACUAAUAAAAAAAGGCGUGCAAACAAAAACCCUGCAUGCCUAGAAAAAAGGGCCAAGUUACCAGGCGUGUUGAACGAGGACUCCAAGGACAGCAGUUCACCAGGGUUCUGCCAGUCAUCAUAUGAUGGUUACGAUGGAGAAGAGGGGCGCCUGGCCAAAAGGAAAGACGAGGAUGCUGUAAAGGAAGAGCGGUACUCCCCCUGGGGCGCCGAGAGGCAGCAGGGUGUGAGGACCGACUCUCCUGCUGGGGCGGACACAAGAGAAAUCUACAACACGGAGCAGCUAGUUCCCGCUCCUGCAUCCUACCAGCCGUACAGGGCCCAUGAGUACGGAAAGUCUCCGUCCCCCUCCUCCAGCGUCGGCAGCAGCAUCACAGGCUCUGGACGGAGCAGCUUCGAGUCCAGAGUUCCCGACAUUGCCACUGACCCCGAUCACGACUCCUCUAAGCCUGGCCCUUCCCACUGCGGACCCCACACCUUGCCGGGCCCCCAGGACUACAGCGGAGUGCUGAACAUGACCAUGGCCCAGGCCGGCAAGCCGGGGGUCAUCGGCCACCACAUUUACAGCCCCUACAGCACGGAACAGCCGCUGGGCCAGUGGAGCGGGCCGGGACCUGCACAGUAUCCCCCUCCUCACCCUCUGUCCGCCGACUACACCACUCAAGCGGUGCACCAUGGCUAUCACCAUGGCAAUGUGGGCGAAUGGAGCCAAUAUCCGCUGUUCUCUUACUCCUGCUGGUGAGCAGGCUCUUCAGCGUCAAAUGAUUGAGAGCUUAUUAAAUCUGACGGCUGAUGAGGCGCACAGACCUGACAAUGCAUGCCCCAAACCACGCUGAAGGCCUGACACUCGCGGCAAGAGGAAGGUUCUGAAAGGAGAAGAAAUGUGGCCCAGCGGGCCUCAACUUUCAGGAGACACUGAAUCUCUCCAAACCUUGGAGCCCUGCAGGGUGACCGUCCCGUCUAUUUAUUUCGUAUUUUGCCUCAUCUACAGCGUAAAUAUUAUUUUUGUACAGAAAAAGUAGAAUUAAAUCUAAGUGUGCAAAUUAUGCGUGUCCAUGUCUUGUAAUGUGAAGUGAAAAUAAAAAAAUCUUACGCAAUAUUA